AUGAAUGAAGAAUUCGAGGACAAAGUAUUCAUCAAAGACCUCGUGGUUCACACUAUCAUUGGUGUAAACGCUUGGGAAAGAGUAGAAAGCCAACCAAUAAUAAUAAACAUUACAAUAUUUGCAAAUGUUACAAAAGUUGGCGAAGCUGAUUCCUUCUUACCACAGUCGAUAGACUACGCAUUAGUAUGUGAAAAAGUGCAAAAGUUCGCAGCCGAGACAUCAAACUAUAAGUCUAUCGAAGCGUUUGCAGACGGUGUUGCUAAGAUUUGUAUUGUAGAAUGUAACGCGCCAAAGGUCGCGUUAAGUAUCGAAAAAUCUCGUGCACUGUUGCACGCGUCUUCUGCCGGUGUGAGAAUUACAAGAACAAAACAAGAUUAUCAUGAUACUCCGGCGGGGGAAGUUAAAGCGUUGCGCGAAUUUAUAAUGCGAGAUGAUGUUAUCUUUGUUAAAGAUUUAAAGCUUAAUGUCAUUAUCGGUGUUUAUCCUUGGGAACGCGAAGAGAAACAAACGGUGAUCAUUAAUUUGAUUAUAUACCCGAGCACAUUUCAGCAAGAUUGUUUUUCAAAACCAAAUAGUUUCGGCACAAUCGCAAGAACAAUUUCGAAGUAUAUCGAAGAGUCAAAUUUCAAGACAAUAGAAGCGCUUGCAACAGCUGUUGCAAGGAUUGCAAUAGUUGAAUGUCAUGUCGAGAAAAUUUCAGUACGUGCCGAGAAACCAGGCGCAUUAACAUUCGCAAAUUCGGCGGGUGUAGAGAUUAUAAAGAGGAAAUCCGACUUUCAUCAAACACAACUCAAGCAAAAUGAUAGCGAUACCCCAGUUAAGAUUGGAUAUAAUCAUGUGGUGUGCAUUGCGCUAGGAACAAAUUUGGGGAACACUUUUGAUAAUAUUAAUCAAGCGUUAGGAGCGCUGGAGAUAAAGUGUAAUUGUAAAAUAUUGGACACCUCAUUCUUGUAUGAGACUCCGCCAAUGUAUGUCACUGAUCAGCCAAGAUUUUUGAAUGCCAUGUGUAAGAUUAUGACUGAUUUGGAUCCUGAAACCCUACUUCAAAAACUUAAAACGAUCGAAACAGAAAUGGGAAGAUUUGAUAAUCCCACCAUAAGAAAUGGCCCAAGAAUCAUUGAUUUAGAUAUAAUCUUCUACGAUGACAUGGCAUAUUCUUCGCCCAUUCUUGAAAUACCGCAUCCAAGAAUAACUGAAAGAGAAUUUGUAUUGAGACCUUUAUGCGAUAUUGCCAAAGGAUUUGAGCAUCCCAAACUGCUUAGAACUUGUGGCCGUUUGCUUAAUCAAUUGCUGAACUCUCCUGACUACGCGUCACAAGCAAACGAAAUAAAUAAAGUAAUGUUUAUUCGUAAGUCACAAUGGAUAUGGAAAUCCAAAACAUUUAUAAUGGGAGUAUUGAACGUCACUCCUGAUUCUUUCAGUGAUGGUGGAUUGUACAAUACGGUUGAUAAGGCUGUCGCACACGCUGAGAAAUUAAUUGCUGAUGGCGCGGACAUCAUUGAUAUUGGUGGGAUGUCAACAAGACCCGACUCUGAUGAUAUCACGGUGGAAGAAGAAUUGUCGCGAGUAUUACCUGUUAUUCGUGCAAUUCGAGAAAAAGGCAUAACUGAUAUACCUAUCUCAAUUGAUACCUAUCGAGCUACAGUAGCUGAGAAAGCAAUAGAGUGUGGCGCUGAUUUCAUCAAUGAUGUAUCUGGUGGAACACUAGAUCCAGAAAUGUAUUCAGUUAUGGCAAAAGCCGAUGUGCCCGUCUGUCUUCAACACAUGCGUGGAACCCCAAAAAUUAUGUCCACACUAACCAAUUAUGACGAUAUAAUUACAGACAUUUCCCGUGAACUUGGAGAACGUGUCAAUUCAGCCCUUAAAGCUGGUGUGAAACGAUGGAAUAUAAUAAUCGAUCCUGGUAUUGGAUUUGCAAAAAAUUAUGAACAAAAUUUUCAAAUUUUGCGAAAAUUAUCUGAUAUCAUUAGCGAGAAUAGUCCACUCAGAGGGUUUCCUUGUCUUGUUGGACCUUCUCGGAAAAAAUUUAUCGGACAGACGAUUCAACAGGCUGAAGCGCAGAAUCGUGUGUGGGGUACCGCUGCUGCGUGUACCGCUUCUAUCGCUGGUGGUGCGGAUAUUUUAAGGGUACAUGAUGUUAAACAAAUGUUGGACGUUGUUAAAGUUGCGGAUAAAAUUUGGAGAAAGGCAUAA